GGAAAGGUGUGAGGGAAAGAAACAGAAAAACAAAGAAAACAUUGGAUCCAAAAAGUUACUUUUGGGUUUAGAAAUUUUCUCACACUUUCUCUCCUUCCAAACACAAAAUAAAAAAAAUAAACAAAAGAGCAAAAGAGAAAUAUGCCUGUCUUGGUUUUUAUUUAUCCGUCUUUCUUCUUCAUUCUCCAUCAUUUUCCUACCCUAUCCAUCUCUCCUCCAAAAACUCCUCUCAAACCUUCUUACUAGUCCCCAGGAAAGUGAUAGAAAGAGAGCCAUACUUUCUAGAGAGGAAAUCACAGACACACAUUUGAACUUUUCCAGCUGUUUCUCUCUCUAGGAUUGGAUUCAUCAGCCAAUGGGAGCUCGUUGCUCCAAGCUAUCUCUUUGCUUCUGGCCGUCCAACAUCAAAUCCAAUCUUAACGACUCUUCAGACAUAGAGAAUGGGAACAAAAAUGAGAAGGACUCGCUGCCUGGGUUCAGUGAGUUCACCUUGGACCAACUGAAAGCUGCCACGUCAGGAUUCUCGUCCGAGAACGUUGUCUCCGAGCAUGGAGAGAAAGCUCCCAAUGUGGUUUACAAAGGAACGCUCGACGAUGGCCGUUGGAUUGCUGUUAAGCGCUUCAACCGAUCAGCUUGGCCCGAUUCGCGCCAAUUUCUGGAGGAAGCUAGAGCCGUGGGGCUGCUCAGGAACGAGCGUUUGGCGAAUUUGAUCGGGUGCUGCUGCGAGGGUGAUGAGAGACUGCUUGUGGCUGAGUUCAUGCCCAAUGAAACUCUCUCAAAGCAUCUUUUCCAUUGGGAGACCCAGCCGAUGAAAUGGGCGAUGAGGUUGCGAGUGGCUUUGUAUCUUGCACAAGCUUUAGAUUAUUGCAGCAGUAAAGGGCAGGCAUUGUACCAUGAUCUUAAUGCUUACAGAGUCCUAUUCGAUCAGGAUGGGAAUCCCAGACUCUCCUGCUUUGGUCUAAUGAAGAAUAGCAAAGAUGGGAAGAGCUAUAGUACCAACCUGGCUUUCACCCCUCCAGAGUACUUGAGAACAGGAAGAGUGAUACCAGAAAGUUUGGUUUACAGCUUUGGUACCCUGUUGCUUGAUCUGCUCAGCGGGAAACAUAUCCCUCCAAGUCAUGCACUCGACCUGAUACGGGGCAAAAACUUUUUGAUGCUGAUCGACUCGUGCUUGGAAGGUCAUUUCUCAAAUGAUGAUGGGACUGAACUGGUGAGGUUAGCUUCACGAUGCUUGCAGUAUGAACCUCGUGAGAGGCCAAAUGCCAAGUCUCUUGUGACUGCCCUAAUUCCGCUUCAAAAAGAAACUGAGGUUCCAUCAUAUCUUUUGCUGGGUAUUCCGCAUGGAAAUGCGCCUCUGAAUCAGACAUUGCUAUCACCUCUAGGUGAAGCUUGCUCGAGACUGGAUCUUACUGCAAUACAUGAAAUACUGGAGAAGCUUGGAUACAAGGAUGAUGAGGGGGUUGCAAAUGACCUUUCUUUUCAAAUGUGGACAAAUCAAAUACAAGAGACGUUGAAUUCUAAGAAGCAUGGGGAUGCUGCAUUUCGAGCUAAGGAUUUUGUUACCGCGAUAGAUUCUUACACAGAAUUCAUUGAUGGUGGGACCAUGAUAUCGCCAACUGUGUUUGCUAGACGUUGCUUAUGUUACUUGAUGAAUGAUAUGGCACAAGAAGCUCUUGGAGAUGCUAUGCAAGCCCUAGUAAUAAACCCUGAAUGGCCCACUGCCUUCUAUCUUCAAGCAGCUGCCCUAAAGAGCCUGGGGAUGGACAAUGAUGCGCAGGAAACUCUAAAAGAUGGAACGUCGUUUGAAGUAAAAAAAAGUAAAAGCUGAAACUCUGUAUAGGUGUUUUUCCCUCUUCUUUCAUUUAUAAUUGUAUCUAGCUUUUUCCAUCUUCCCACUUUGACAUUUGAGUUCUGCUCUGCAGCAACAAAGGAUUAAUUGUAACAAUCUUUAUGUCGGUCUUGGUGUAUCAUUUUAAUUAUUUUGAUCUAUAGAAGUCAAAAUUUAUUGUUUGUU